AUGGAGCUCGUCAAUCCUUACGACAAAUGUCUUGUGGCGGUCAAAAACCAAGAUGGAAACCUUGUUAGUCAUGCACCAAAGGAAUUAUCGAAGUUCUUUCAGAAGUUCCUAAACGAUUCUGGAGAACGUGAAGCAGAAUGCAUUGGAAAUAGGCUCAAUGCUGAGAAAGGAAAAGGGGUUGAAAUCCCUGUGGACUACAGACUUGUGGCCAAUGAGUCCUAUCUGGGAAGGCUCACGAUGAAAUUAUGGACGAAGGACUUUGCUGAUGAUAUCAACAUCAGUAAGAGUAAGAGUCAGCGGAUCACAGGAAGCUUAACAAGAUAAAAAAAACCCCUCAUUGGUCAUAUAUGUAUGAACAAUGAGUGUUUUUUAUCUUAUCUUUUAUAUAUAUAUAUCAGCCACAAGCAAAAACAAUUGAUAUGCUGUAUCUCAAGGAUCUAUCACUUUAAAGCAUUGCCCAUUGGGAGCUUACUUCGUUUUGAUAUUUUGCCAUUAUUUAUUUCAUUGGCAUACAUUUUUAUGUUUUAUAUUUAAUAUUUUGUGAUUCUUACAGAGUCAGAGAUGGUCAGAAAGCUUUCUUUGAUAUUAGUAGAGUGCCAUACUUGCAAAUACUUGAAGAAUUAUUUGAAUGGUAA